AAACUGUAGAAGAUAGACUUGAAAACAGAGCCUUCUCAACAUUGCUUUGAUGAACGACGAUGAUUCCGAUAUUACCUCUACUGGUGCUUUUUCAUUCAACAUAUGGAGCAGACUCUGUUUUAUGGAGAAACAAUGAUUUUCCUGUAGACGAUCCUUUAAAGAACUUCCACCCACAGGAACACGGAUUUUUUAAUUAUGGGUCUCUGACUGCGUCUAAAGACCCAGCUGGUGGUCAUCAAAAUGUUCUCAGAGUCUUCUACAAGAAAGGCACUUACUCCCAAAUACGGGGAUUGAAGGGUGCUCAAUUCUACAGCCAACCUUCAUCGACCCAUACCGCCAUGACACUAUCUUACCAGGUGUAUUUUAGUCAUGGUUUUGAUUUUGUAAAGGGUGGUAAACUACCUGGAUUAUAUGGUGGAGCUAUAGCAACCUGUUCUGGUGGACGCCAUUCAACAAGCUGUUUCUCAGCUCGACUGAUGUGGAGAGAACACGGUGAUGGUGAAAUCUAUACCUAUAUUCCUGAUCAACCGUCUAGCUUCUGUGAUAGGUCAGAUAUAGCUUGUUCACCAGCGAAAGGAACAUCCUUGGGUCGUGGGAAAUGGAGAUUCCCAACAGGAAAAUGGAUUAAGAUUACAGAACAUGUUCAUCUGAAUACCGUUGGUAAAAAUGAUGGUUUCGCUAAAAUUUGGAUUGAUGGUAAAUUAGUGAUGAAUACUAAAGAUAUUGUAUGGAGAGUCAAGGAUAAUAUCAAAAUCAAUGGAAUUUUCUUUUCUACAUUUUUUGGUGGAGCUACCAAAGAGUGGGGAGCUAAAAAGGAUUGUUAUUCUUACUUCAAAGAUUUUGUUUUGUCCAUGGGAGCAUCAGUUCCGCCAUUGCUGGGAUAAAUAAAUCCUGAAGUGCUU